UAGAUAUAUAUUAUAUAUAUUAUAUAUAAUAUAUAUGCAUCAUAUAUAGUCAACCGGCUGAUCACUGGGUAAAAUGGGAAGAGCUCCAUGCUGUGAGAAAGUGGGGUUGAAGAAGGGGAGGUGGACUGAAGAGGAGGAUGAGAUCUUGAGCAAGUAUAUUCAGGCUAAUGGUGAAGGGUCAUGGAGGUCAUUGCCAAAGAAUGCAGGGUUGCUGAGGUGUGGGAAGAGUUGCAGGCUGAGAUGGAUUAACUACUUGAGAGCUGACGUGAAGAGAGGAAACAUUUCUGCUGAAGAAGACGAAAUUAUCGUGAAGUUGCAUGCUUCUUUGGGAAAUAGGUGGUCUGUAAUAGCAAGUAAAUUGCCUGGAAGAACAGACAACGAAAUAAAGAAUUACUGGAACUCUCACUUGAGCAGAAAGAUUCACACUUUCAGCACUAGGGCUUCCGGUGAAACCCUACAGAUGAGCAUGGACUUUUCUAAGACGGAUAUUAUUCCUCUAAAGAGAAGAGGCGGCAGAACCAGUCGAAGGGAGAUGAAGAAGAACAAGAAGAACUUCCAAAAAUAUGUCGGGAAUAAUAUUCCAACAUUAAUCCCAGCAACGAAAGCUAAAGAUGUCGACGGAAUCAUCAAUAUCCCAUUGCCCCCCACACCAGCCAUAGACGAAAGCCAACAAUAUCUUUGUUCAAAUGAGGCAGAAAAGUGUGAAAAGCAAAUGGUUUGUGAAAACCCUAGUGGUGAUCAGAAAGAGAAUCAAGAGAUUUCAGGACCACUGGAUGAUCAUAUUCAGGAAGGCAUUGAUGGUGGGUUGUUGUGUUUUGAUGACAUUGGUUUGCUGGAAUACGGGGUUUUGAAUUUAAAUGAGGGGAGAGAAAGUAAUGAUGUGGUCAUGGGUUUUAGUGAGGAUGGAGACAGCAGUGGGGGGUUUAUGUGUACGAAAAAGGUAGCAGCAGCAAGCGAGGAGAUGAUGAUGAUGAGUGAAAAUCUCAGUUCAAAUAUUGGAGAUGAUUGGGGAUGGGAGGAGGGUGUUCUUCAAGGGAAUGAGAAAUGGGAUAAUGAAAUCGAGGAAAGGUUAUCCUUGUUGUGGGAGAGUGAUAAUUUGGAAGGGGAUAUUGAUUGUAAAUUAGGAGAGAUAGAUUUUAACAAACAAGAUGCUAUCUUGGCUUGGCUUCUAUCCUGAUCGAAUAAUUAUUUUUAUUUUUUCUCUCUUUCGGUUGUAAAUGUUUGCAGGUGAGAGUUGAGACAUCCUUAGUUAAUCUCUGCUUUCUUUGUGUUAAUUAAUUAUUAAUGUGAAAUUUCAUUAUUACUAGAGCACAAUUUGAUGCUCAACUUCAUUCUA